AUGGGGCACUAUUCCUCCCCCAACUGACACCAACGAUGGGGCACUAUUCCUCCCCCCACUGACACCAACGAUGGGGCACUAUUUCCCCCCCCCCACUGACCCCAACGGAUGGGGCAGUAUUCCUCCCCCCACUGACACCAAUGAUGGGGCACUAUUCCUCCCCCACUGACACCAACGAUGGGGCACUAUUCCUCCCCCCACUGACACCAACGAUGGGGCACUAUUCCCCCCCCACUGACACCAACGAUGGGGCACUAUUCUCCCUUCCACCCACUGACACCAAUGAU